UCUCCUCCUCCUCCUCCCAUUUAUAUCACUUCUGCGUGAGCGCUGGCCAGAGUAACAGCGGCGCUGCUGGGAGGCUGCGGAGUCUCUUCCAUCCGACUCCACGGUGCGGAGGUUUCCCGGACAGACGCGUGACGGUGCGGACUCUUAAUCCCAAUCCGACAACAAUCCGUGCCUCUGGAAUUAAGAUGAGCGCUUCUGCCGCACGGCUCUCCUCCACAUAGCGCCGCAUUUCCCUGCUCCAGAUCCGUUUCAUGUGACUCCUGCGUACGAAGAAGGAUGACUGCUACCUUACCGCUGGUGAUUCUGUGCGCCUUGGCGACGUUAGCGCUGGCGUCCAAGACGGAGCGGGCGCUGAACGUUGAAUGUGACUCUGGCCAGUUCACCACCAGCGGGGAAUGCUGCAUGGAGUGUCCACCUGGAGAGGGCGUGGUGAAGGAAUGUGGCGCCACUCAGACUGUCUGCGCUCAGUGUUUGGACAGUGAGACCUACUCAGAGAACUACAGCCACACGGAGAAGUGCAAGCCGUGCACCCAGUGUACCGGCCUGAUGCGGAUGGAGACUCCCUGCACCGACUCCAACGACGCCAAAUGCGUCUGCAUGUAUAACUUCUACUUCAACAGCAUCUCUGGACGAUGUGAGCCGUGCACUGUGUGCCCGCUGGGACAGGGCGUUUACUCGCACUGUGACCCUUACCACGACACCAUAUGUGAGGAGUGUGUGGACGAGACGUUUUCUGACCGGGAGAGCUACCUGGAACCCUGUUUACCCUGCACCAUCUGUGAGGAAGACAUCGAGACUCAGCUGGCUGAGUGCACGCCCAUCAGUGACUCCGUCUGCCACAACCCAAACAUGCCUACAGACUUUCCAAUCACAAACAGUGAAGCAUCGAAUUUUCCCGAUUACCCCGACCCAGAUGGCUCGAUCAGCCCGUUCCCGAGCGGAGAGACGACCACGUUAAGCGGCGGCGCUCCUCACUUUCUCGGCCCGGGCUUCAACGAAAACCUAAUCCCGAUUUACUGCUCAAUCCUGGCUGCUGGUGUGGUCGGCCUGGUGGCGUACUUCGUGUUUAAGAGGUGGAAUAGCUGCAAGCAAAACAAGCAACCAGCUAAUAACCGUGCGGCUACAAACAACCAGAUGGUAACACCGGAGGGAGAGAAGCUGCACAGCGACAGCGGCAUCUCAGUCGACACUCAGAGUCUGCAGGACCAGCAGCAGCAGCACGCACAGGCUGAAGCCCAGCCUCAGCCGUCACGCUCACACACACAGGAGCAAAUAGUGGUGAGGGUAGAUGGAAGCCCCCAGCCCGACUCGCCUCCACCCGAAGUCUAAGGAAGAAGAGGAGGACGAAUUGGCAGGGAACAGAAGGAAGGGGGUGCCACGCAGUGAAUGUAAAAACAAGACAUUGAUUCAUAAUUCAAGUGGCCACAGAAAAACGUACACAACCCUCCAGUAUGCUUGGGGCAGCCGACGGAGACUCUUCGUCCCUGCAUGUGGAGUCAAACUGUCAUAUAGCGUGCCUGGACCCUGAAUCUAAGGCAAUAUCAAACAAGAACACGUAUAACGACAUGCAACAUAGUUUUUAGGAGCUGCCAGAUUAACCUGUACUUCCCUUUCAACAUCUCAGUUUUUAAUUCCAUGUUUAUGCUUUUUUUUAAGUAUUAUUUUUCUUUAUUUGAAGGGCAUUUUUUUCCCUUCCUGUCUUUCUCUGUUGGCAUCAGAGAUCCAAAGACAGCAGGGGUGCCAUGAGCAAUUCCCAGCUUUUUCUGGAAUUUCUUUCUUCCCUUUCAUUUAAUGACAAAUCUUAAUGUCAUUGUUUGAGAACGGCUACAAGGAUUCAUCCCUAGUGACUCAUGUUUUGAUGAGGCUGCUCAGUAAUUAACGUUUUUUUGAAUAAUUAGCUGGCUCUUCCUGUGUGCAACAGACAUAAACUCCCUCUCUAGCAGUGCCUCCAGGGAUUGUAUUUCAGCAGCUUCAUGUUCAUAAUGUUUGUCUCAUGUUUGUGUUUGUGCGGUUCUUUCAUUUCGAGGCUUUAGUUACACGACCGAAUCAGCAGGCUGCCUUCACUGGAUGUGCAACGUGAGAGGAACGUCUCUGGACUCGGCGCUGCUGCUGACUCACCGCGAUGAGUCGUCUGAAGGGAAACGGGGGUGGGGGGAUUCCAUUUACGGAGCCAAAAAACAAACAAGCAAACAAAAAAGGAUCACGACUGCUAAUUAAACUACUUAAAUGAGUUUGGGAGCAGAAAAAAAGUCAGAUCUGCAGGAGGAAUCCCAUCCACAAUCAUUCUUCGGUGAAAUUGGGACAGCCCUCAGAGGAAGCCGGCACUUCCACCUCCACAAGCUCACUCCUACCGUAAAACACACAGCCUUACUUACACAAGGCUUACCUGGGAGGCGGGUAGUAAUUACCUCAGGGUUUUAGCUUCAUUUACCCUCUGCUUGCAACACAGUUCCUGCUGAAGCCUCAGUGUGACGUCAUAUUUUCAUUUUCCAAUGCAGAACCACCCGACAUUCACUGCAUUUCCCAGUUGAAAUCAAGCACUUAAGCACAGGCUUGCAUCUCAGGCCUGGUGGCAUCUUUUUUUAUGGAAUGCCCCUUUAAUGUGCCCCUUCCUGCUGCUUGAAGCGACUGUAGAAGUGAGCUUAAAUACCAUGUAAAGGACACAUACUGUAGCCGAGCUUGACUGCAUUCAUUGCUUACAGUGGCACAUAGAUUCUCAGGAUUUAACUUGUAGUAUGACUGAGAUUAAAUGAGUAUUUAGACAAUUUAAAAUAAACAGUAGCGAAAUAAAUACUUUGAUUUGGUUGUUUACAUCCUGUUGAUGUUAUCAGUGCAAAUUGUUGACUUAUAUCUGGGUAGUGAACCAGAUUCUUGUCCGUUCAACCAGCACCAGUAGUUUAAAUAAUGUGUUACAUGAGCACUUCGUUAAGGGGAGACGGGUUAUUAUUUACAAUGAGGUGGAAGCUAAUGCUGUGUUCACGCCAAACACGUUUUGAGCAUCAGACACGUCUGGUGCCUGACGCUCAAAACGCCAGGCACCAGACCGGACGGUCUUUCAUCAUCCUCUUUUUCGACACCUUCUCUUCCUGUUGAGGGAGUUAGUUCUCCACUCUCCCUUUCUAGGGAAGUUUUUUCUGUUUCCUGAGCAUGAACUGGAGACAUUUCCUGUGAUUCAUCCAACUCAAGGUCCCAACAUUCCAACUCAAAAGUUAUAGGAGGGAAAUCGUCCAACUGUGGACAUGGGUUGGAAGGUUGGAACGGUCCACAUAGGCCGUUCAAAGCCUAUGUGGACGUUUCACGAGUCUAGCGCUGCGUGACUUAAAGCGUUCUGAGCGUUUGACGCGCAUUCAACGCGAUGCUGGAGUUGGAAAAUCUGAACUUUCACUGCUCAACGCGGCGCAUCAACCAAUUAGAAACUUGGCUAUGUGACAUAAAGGCCUGUAGUUGGUGUCCUGUCAGGAGAUCCAGGCACUGAUUAGCUGGUGGUCAAACUGGGCUCAAGUGAGAUGAAAACACUGCUGAUAGCGACCGUCGUCAGCGCCCAGCUAGCUUAUGAAAACUCACAACUCCUCUAAAUUAUCUGGUAAAUUCAAACACGUAGACACAUUCUGUUGAUUUCAAUAAAUAAAACCUAGACAGUGUUUUCAUCUGCCAUUGUUCAAAGAAAGAAAGGGAAAAAAUUCAAGAAGCUCCAACGCGCAUUGUGCCGUUAUCAACCGUCACUGUUUUUUGUUCAAUAGAAACUGAACAUAAAAUGUUCGUCAUCUGAGCCUCCGCUAUGACUGCAGAAGCUUUCACUGCAUCAUAAUUUGGUGUCACUCUCUCAGUUUCAUUCGCCAUUGUACAAACAGACCAGCAACGGAAAACAACGGCUCGUCCCAACUCAGGUCUAGCACGAUUUUGAUGUGCGUCCAUAUAGACUCUGAAUGUAUCCAGAUGCGGCUGAUGCUCAAAUCAGCCGCUUUUGGUGUGAACGCAGCAUAAGCAUCAGGCGUUUGACUUCAAAGCUGCUGAAGCCAGAGGUGUUUGUGACAAGCAAAGCGUGUUCGGUCUGAACGCAGCAUCAGGGCCAAAAGUGCAUGCGCAUUUGACGAUGAGCUAAAACCACAGCGCCAUCUAGUGGCAUGACAACUACAGCUGACUCAAGGUGCACAAGAGGAAAAUUUCCCCAAUUAACAUUGGAAAAUACUGGCAGUUUCCAGGCAAUGGUCUUCUGUAAAUGUAGCCUUAUUGGCCAUUUGCAAUAAAAUCUUGGUGGUUCACAAUCAAUUAGCCAUAAUGCUAGUGGACUGCAAAACGAAACAUGGCAAUUAAGCUAACUCAAAAGAACCAGCUGAUGGAAAAGUAGAACAAAAAAUGAAGUUUUAAAAAAGAAAACUAAUUUAGUUACCAUUUUGGGAAUUGCUUCACUCCAUCUAGCCUUUUGCUUGAAUUACCACAAAGGUUAUUCCCAGUUUCUUGAAUAUACAUAACCUCAUCACAGACAACAAAUUGUCCGCCUAAUCUUAGUCAAAGUUUUGUGAAAAACUAUUUGCCCUUUUAAGAUUUCUUCUGUUUUUGCUGUUUCAUUUCCAAAAUAAUCCCUCAAAUAAAAUCUGCCAGACAAAAGAAGUAAGAAGAUCUUUUCUCUUUUUGACAAUCUGGAACACUAAAUCUGAAAAUACCCAAGUGUGAGAAAAAUGUAACAGAAGACAUACAUUUUCACUGAAGUUUGAGCACAUAAAGCUCACAAAAGUAUGGCAUUGCCCUGCCUAAACCCUGUAGCUUUAAUGCAUAUUUAUUUAACAAAGAGGCAAAAAUAGUAAAAAUCACUCAGUACUGACAUUAUUCCCAAUUUUUCUUUAUUAGAAACAAAAAAUAUCUAGCUUGCUAAGUUUAACAAGUUACAGUAACGUCUCCUUUGUUUACUAUGUUGGUGAGGAGAGCAGGUUUCAGAUAACCUAUAUGUAUCAAAAGGAUGUGUGCCUGUCUGUAGACGUGGUAUUUUUAGGUAGGAAAAAAUGUUUUAUUGCAUUAGAAUAUAAGAGACAUGAAUGAAUAGUCUGAUCAGAUGACAGUUGUAGGAUUGGCAUAGAUUUGUCUAGAAAUAACCAAAUUGCAAAUGUUAGAAUAAAAUAAAUCAGUGUGAAACUCUCCAACUUACAACACAUUUUGCUUAGAGAGUCACUUUCCAACAAUAUCUGAGAGGUAUCAGUUUCGUCAUUUUAUUCUCAGCAAGAGUGUGAAUGCAGACAAAACCUUUAAGGAAACGAAAGAUGUUUUUUUAGCUUGUUAGCGGCGCUUUUAGAGUUUAGUGAUAGAUAGGAAAUGUCUCGCCGAGGGAAGAAAACAGUGAAAAUGACUCAUUACGUCCUUUGUGGCUCUGCAUGGAUCAAUCACUCGGCCACAAACACCCCAAGACAAUUAAACUUUCUGGUUGCCUCACUUUUGAUUCAUGAAUCAGUGCAGUGUAAUAAAUGAAAGCAAACAAAAGUCUGCUGUAGUUUGCAGCUCUGUAGCAGAUGUUGGUGUGAACACGUAACCACACAGACACACACACACACACAGGAGUGUAUGAUUCACUCCUCUAUUGAGAGCUGGAGUGAUUCAUCCUGCAUGAGGGACUGACAUUAAAGCAGACUUCGCUACACUUCGUAUGAGUGACCAGAAAGUUGAUUUAAAGG